AUGAGUUCGAUGAAAGGUUUUGAAGAAACUGAGGAAUUAGUAAAACCAAAAGAAUCAGAUCAAGAAAACUUGAAGAUAAACUCUGAUUUAAACUUGAAUGUCAAUCUGAAUCUGAAUCCGAAUGAAGGGAUAAGUCUGGAUGAUUCAAAUUUAAAUCCAAUCCAACCUUUUUCAAAAACUAUUCAACUUGAUGAUUUAUUGAAAACUUGGUUUAUUAUUUCAUCUACUUUACCAAUGUGGAAAUCUAAAAAGAAUAUCACCAUUACUUAUUCAUUAAGACCACCACCACAAAAACAUCAAGAACAAAAACCUUAUCCAAUCUUGAAUGAUUUAGUAGAAUUUCAUUCGAAUAUGAGUUGUAAACCAACAACCAAAAAGAAAAGCAUCAAAGGAAUUGAUAAACCGUUAAAGGAAAAUGAUGGUUUGGUUUAUUGUUUAAAUGAAUGGAAAUGGAAUGGGAAUGGGGUUUUGAAAGUCUUGAAAUCGAAUUGGAAAAUCUUAUUAUACGAUUUUAAUCAUCAUCAAGAAGGUCAAGCAGGUCAAGAAGGUAAAGGAGGUAAAGAAGAAGAACGGAUUGAAUGGUUGAUUGUUUAUUUUUCUAAAACUUUCUUUACUCCGCGUGGAAUUGAUCUUUAUUGUAAUCGAUCUGAUGGGUUUAGCUCUGGUUUUGCUUCUUUAUUAAAACAAAAAAUUAUCAAGGAACUUAGGAUGAAUGAAAGUCAUGAGAUUUGUGAACUUGUUGAUCAAUUAUUUGAUAUUCAUCAUGAUGUUUGA